AUGGCGGGAUCUUAUGAAUAUCCAGACUUCCACAUGGGCGAAAUAUACGGCGUGAGACCAGACGAUCAUAUUCCCGCCGCGACUCUGCACCGAUAUUUGACCGACUAUGCGCGCCAUUUUGGGGUUUUCGAGUGUGUUAUGUUCAAUACCACCGUUGAAACUAUUGAGCGUGGCUUUGGUGGCUGGAUAGUCAAUACCUCUUCCGAGACAGGGACAGCUACCCUUAGCACAAGGAGGCUGAUCAUAGCAACUGGUUUGACUUCAACGCCUAACAUGCCAUCAUACCCGGGACAGGAGUCAUUCAACGCUCCGUUGUUCCAUGCGAAAGAUUUUCGACAAUGCAGUUCACUCGGUAGCCCCAAAGAUGUCGUCGUUGUUGGAGGCGCGAAGUCUGCAUUUGAUGUAGCCUAUGCAUAUGCACAAGCAGGAGUUCAUGUCGAUUUGGUGAUUCGACCUGAGGGAAACGGACCUGUUUGGCUUUGUCCGGCUUUCGUGACUCCAAUCAAAAGAAAAAUGGAGGAAUUGCUUCACACCCGCUAUCUCACUUGGAUGAGCCCUACGCCAUGGGGCGAUGAGGACGGAUUCCCUCUAGUCCGGAGACUCCUUCAUGGAACCAGGAUUGGUCGAAUGAUAGUGCAAGCAUUUUGGCACAUGUUAAGCUCGGAUAUAGUCAAGGCUAAUGGAUACGACGACUGCGAUCACCCAGACCUUGCUCCUCUUAAACCAUGGACAUCGGCAUUCUGGACUGGCAGCGGAGUGAGCAUCCACAAUUAUGAUUCGAGCUUUUUCGACUUUGUCAAAGACGGGACGAUACGAGUCCACACAGCGAACAUCACCCUUCUCAGUCCUAAGAAGGUCCACCUGUCCACCGGCAGAGUCCUGAAUGCCGAUGCCCUGAUAUGUGCAACGGGUUGGAGAAAGACACCCGGGUUCAAAUUUAGCAAUUGGGACAUCAAACCACGAAGAUCGAUGGCUGAAAUGACAGACCUUCUCGAUGCAGCCAAUGCAGAAAUCCUGACUCGAUUCCCAAUACUCAGUUCCCAGCCUCUGCUUCGCACUCAAGUCCAAAAGUCCGAUCCUUUGCUGUUAUAUCGCUUCAUGAUUCCGCCUUCUCUUUGGGAAGAUCGAAGCUUAGCCUUUGCAGGCAUGGUCUCAUCCGUGAGCACAUCCACUUGCGCCAGCUUGCAGGGGCUUUGGAUCUCGGCGUAUUUCGACGAUAAGCUAGAUCGGACCCCUUUUGAUGACGCCGAUGCUGUGAGGGAAGCAGUGAUCAAUUCACAGUGGGGGAAAUGGAGGUAUCCGUGCGGGUAUGGAGGUGAGGUUGCGGAUUUAGCAUUCGAUUCCCUUCCAUACUUUGACCUUCUGGUGCGGGACUUGGGGUUGGAGAAUCACCGUAAGGGGUCUUUCGUGGCGGAGAUUGUGAAACCAUAUAAGCCUUGGGAUUAUAGGCAGGUGGUGACUGAGUGGAUUCGUGCACAUUCAAUCAAAACUAGCUCUGCUUUCUAG